CGUCCUUACGCGCAGACCUCGAGCUCUCCCCCGUCGACGCGUCCUCUGCCGUCGCGCCCCGCCGCAGCGGCUUCCCCGCGCCGCCAACGGGCCACGAACUCAUGGCGCUCUUCCCCCCGCCGCCGCCCAACCCCAUGAUGGGCCCGAUGUCUGCUAUCUUCUCCGCGCAGGAGCGCGCCUUCUUCGCGUGCAAGGGUAAGGAGAUCGUCGCCGUACAGAUCGAAGCCGACAUGCAUGCCGGCCCGUCGCAGCCCUACCUACACGCCCAUCCAAAUUUGCAACCUCACUCUCAGCCUCCGGCGCCCGCUAAGCCAAUCGCCCGUCAGACGUCGCGCUCGCUCCGUACGCGUCCCGAGCUCGUGCCGCCUCCCCAGUCCGGACCGCCACCGCCGACACAGGGGAGCGCGAAUGCGCCGCGCAGCAUUCCUGUCAUCCCCGUCCCAGCCCAGUCCGCGCCCGUGUCCGCAUUGUCGCCUUGCCCGCACCCCGCGCCGCCACAGCGCAAGUGGACGACGCCACCACACACCCCCAUGGACGUCCAGAUGCAGCACCCGAUGCACUCGCCGCCGCCACUGCCGCAGCAGGGGAAGGAGCAACAGGGAGAGGAGCAUGGCGGGGAGCAGACGCAGCAGGAGGAGGGGCACAUGGAGGAGGAGGAGGCGUGGAGGAGGCCCAUGCCGCAUAGUGAGAGGAGACGGGCGGGGAUGCAUACGAAGCGGGUGUCUACGGUGAAGUGAGUCGUGAGUCCUCCUUGAGGGUUCACAGGUCCUUUAGUCGUUCUUGGGAUUCGGGCUGGACUGGGCUGUGGGGUCGGUGGUCGGUGGUCGGUGAUCGUUGGCUGUACGCUAGUAAGCAUUGUACAGCGUGUCUCUCUGCUCUGUGCUCUCAUAUCCGCUCAUCAUUAUCGCUGUUUUCGUGCUACUGCUAUCGCAAUGCAACUGGUCUCGUCAUGCAUGCAUCGUGGUGGCUGUGCCUGACUG